AUGUUCGGAAUCAUUGCGGACUUGAUGUCCUCGGUCAUCACUAUCCUCUUCCCUAUCUUCGCAUCCUACAAGGCUCUCCGCUCUGCCGAUCCCUCCCAGCUGGCACCAUGGCUGAUGUAUUGGGUGGUUCUUUCUGUCAUUCUGCUGGCUGAAUCAUGGACUGUAUUCAUCAUUGGCUGGUUCCCCUUCUAUAGCUGGAUCCGCCUCUUCUUCAUGUGCUAUCUUGUCCUCCCACAAACCCAGGGUGCACGUCUCCUCUACCAAGAUUACGUGGACCCGUUCCUGACACAUCACGAACGGGAAAUUGAGGACAUGAUCGGUCACGCCCAUGAGCGCGCCAAGGUACUGGGCCUGCAAUACUUCUACAUGGCCAUCGACCUGAUUCGGGAGAAAGUGAUGGGUCUCCCUCCCCAGCGUCAACCACCUCCACCCCCGUCGGGACCUGCAUCAUAUGCGCAAUCCUUAUUGUCACGAUUCAAUAUCCCCGCCGCCGCCGCUGCGUCCACCCCUGCCGCCUCGAACGAUUGGUAUUCGGUCCUCAGCUCGACCUUGGGCUCGAUUGCCUCGACGGGCAAGUCCCGUGAAGCACGAGCAGAGGAGCUAUCGGCCAGUGGAACGCUUCUACAGCGGCAACUCCAAAGUAUGUCUAUCACGCAAAAGGCUGAAUAUAUUUCGGCGCAGCGCGAGGUCCUGGAUCAUCUGCGGUCGACGUUGAUGCAGGAGGAGCAGACGAUGGGGCGAGGGGAUCGCGAGACGGAUGAUUUGGCGUACGGAGGACCGCUAAGGAAGGACCCCAGCGAUAACUCAUUUGAUGUGGUGGAUGACGAAGAUCUGGGGAGUCGUGCGACACGACGAACCAGCGAACGAUGGGGCGGUUGGCUUGGAAAUGACCAUGAUUCCUCGGGGUCGUCGAACGCGGGGCGGAGCACUGGUUAUGAUCGGUAUUAG